CACUGCAUUCCCGCAACCAAGACUCGAUUAUGAAUUGUCAGCCUCAUCUAGCUCGGCGGCGCAAAAGUGUAAGUGUCGGUAUAUGAUAUUCUGCUACCAACCCCAGUAUCGAGUAUCCAGUCUCCAGUCACCAACGCACCGCACGUUCCAUAGCCAGAGCCAAGAUGCACCCGUGCACACGAGCACAGCUCUUCAAGCACAGCUCUUCAAGCACAGCUCUUCAAGCACAGCUCUUCAAGCACAGCUCAUCAAGCACAGCUCUUCAAGCACAGCUCUUCAAGCACAUCUCUUCAAGCACAUCUCUUCAAGCACAUCUCUUCAAGCACAUCUCGUCAAGCAAUGAGAAAAAAGAAACCAAUGCGGAAACAAAUACGCCGGGCCGCAAUCCAAAGGCCCAGCCCAGAAACGCCAGGAGUCGUAACGUCGUCCGUACCCCGAACCAAAGAGUACAUGCACGCUAAGUAACAACAAGAAGAAGAAGAAAAAAAAAGACGCUAUGCAAACUGUGAA